GUAACGCAGCGCCGAGGCUGGUCUGAUAUUUGUGUUUACUAGUUAUAUAUUACAGUAUAUUAUUUACUGUUUACUGACAUCCACUAGCAGUUUAGAUAUGUCUCGAGCUCAAGCCGAAAGCGUUAUUAAAAACAUAAUCCGUGAAAUCGCCCAGCAGUGCGCGAGCAAAGGACACACCGUGUCUGAAACACUGGUGGCGUUUAUGGUGAAAGCUGUUGUUUUGGACCCCAGGAAUCUCUUCAAUGUUGACAGGACUCUUACAAAGCAAGAUGUGCAAAAACUUAUAGAGCUGUGUGUGGACAGACUGCUGGAUCAGACGAGUCCUACUUUGGACACCAUUAAGAUGCAGGUGUACUUUGACAUGAACUACACGUCUCGCCGCGAGUUUAUAGAGGAGCACCAGAAGGUUCUGCAGGCUCGCCUGCUCCCCGUGUGCCGCGAGAUCACGGACAGCCGGGCCAAGACCCGAGAUGACCUGGAGAGCCUUUACCGCAAGAUAGUGAGCUACGUGAUUCUGUGCUCCGGCCUCGGCUCGGCCACCGACAUCUCCACCGUACGAGAGGCCACAGCUGCCCUGCAGAGUGUGUUCCCGCAGACAGAGCUGGCCACCUUCAUGUCUCUGCUCAAACGGGACAAAGAGCAGCAGCUGAACGAGCUCACCAUGAUCAUCACAGGGAUUCAACUCUUCAACAAGGACAGCGGCAAAGGAGGAGAGGGCAUCGAGGACCUGCCUGCCAUCCUCAACGAGACUCUGCCUGCCGCUAGCAGAGAGAUAGAAAGUGAACUGGAAGGGACCCAGAGGUUAGCCUGGCAGUACACCGCCCUGCUGGAGAGCUUCUCUGACGGUGCAGUGCAUCCUGACCUGCUUAAACAGGCUCUCUACAACGUACGCCAGCAUGAAGCCUUCCUCAAACUCAUACUGGCUGAUGUGAUCCUGUGUGCAAAGCAAGUGGAGAUUUUACAAACUGAGCUCACAGCCAGGAUGAGGGUGUUGAAGGCCACAGUUCACUCCAAAACUGCCGUACCCACCUCACAAGUGUUUCCUCAUUUCACAACGCUGGCGAAGCUGUGGGCGGGGCUGCAGGAUGAGAUGCUCCUACUGAGCAUGCUCAGUAACAUGGUGACCAGUCUGAGGCCGUUCCUGUCAGCUCAGUCCCAUUUGCUGGCAGCUGGUCAGCUGGAGCAGCUGUUGGGGGGUGUGACCAUCAAAACAGACCUGGAGAGAGUUGCUGAGAGUGCAGAGGAACGGGUUGAUCCAGCAGAGAUGAAGUCCUGUGAAUGGUUUCUGCCUGAGACCACAGCCAACUUCGAUAAGCUCCCGCUGCAGUACAGGGGCGCGUGUGGACACACGCUGAUAAAGAAGAACGGCCUUUUACUGCCAGGCAACCCAAACAUCGGAGUCCUGAAACACAAGGAGAAGUACUACAGCUUCAGCUCCAGACAGGCUGCGUAUGAAUUUGCCUCCCAGGCUGAUGAGUAUAUUGAGUUUGUGGCAGAGACAGCGAAGAAAUCUCCAGAGCUGAUCCAGCUGCUCGAGCUCCAUCAGCAGUUUGCCAGCGUCACUCCCUACUCCCAGAUGCAGUCAGGGGAGAGGCUGCUGGUGAAGCCCAUCACUAAAAGUGAUAGCAGCACACAGACUGACACACACAUACUGGAGAGCAACAUCGUCAAGUCUUACGAGUGGAAUGAGUGGGAGCUCAGGAGGAAAGCCAUCAAACUGGCAAACCUGCGCAGUAAAGUGACCCGCUCGAUGCAGACCAACCUGAGCCACAUGAGGAGGCACAACAGCACCCAGACGUUCCUCCCCAGAGAUGCCGCCUGCCAGACGAAGAGGGACGGUCAGAGCAACGUCCCCAAACCCCAGGUCUACCUGGCUGGACUGAGAGGAGGGGAGACUACGACCACCCACAUGAUCAAAGUCGAUUUGACCAGACCUGUGGAUGAAUAGCCACUGAAUUUAGAACUCUUCACAAAUCCAUCAGUUCACAGAUCAGUUUCAGAUACACAUUAAAUGGCCCGUAUCAUUGAAAAACAACUUUUAUUAAAAAAAAAGCAAGAAAAACAGUUUGAUAUAAUAUUUAACAUUGCUUAUGUUUCAAACUGUACCGUUCACUCACCAGUCCAUACAGUCCAUAUAUGGAAAAUGUUUUUGUGAUGCAAAUAUAUUCAGCUU